AUGAAAUAUAAAACAUAUCCGCCAAUUGCGGAGGGAUUCUCAAACAACAACACAAGAUUUGUAUUUAAAAAUACGUAUGGUGAUGGCCAAGUCUGUCAGCAGAUGGGGCUCUAUGGCUGGAAUGCAUCAAUUACGUUUUCAUCCAAAUGCAGUAAUGACGGAGCGUUUUCAUACAUUGUGUAUAAUCAGUCUGCUGUAAAAUUCACGAGCAACCUCACAACCAAUACUGGUAUAUCGUCCGGUUUUGGCGAAUUUGUGGUUCUUAGUGGUAAUGAAUAUGUAUAUUCUAAAGGUAUUUAUAGUCCAGCACUAAAUACUUCGAUAACUGAAUGGACAAUCAAUUUACCUGGACCUACAACUUAUUGUACAAACAUCAUGCCGCUGAGAUACAAUGAGUCAGAGACAGAUUGUGCUAUAAAAAUACAAUUUGAUGGUGUAACACCCCCGGAUUUCACUUUGCCUUCCGCCGCUUUUCGUGUGACUCCUUUACUAUUACCCGUUGUUGUUUCGCUAUUUGUAACAGUCCUUUCUACGUCCUAA